AUGAAUGAAAAAGCCUCCAUUCUCAAGCUACCCACCGAAAUUCUCGAGGCUGUUUUCUCAGAAGUCCGUUCCUCAUUCCACACUCUGAAAGCCGUGUCUCAGACCUGUCGUCGCCUGUACACCAUUGCAGCGCCUCAUGUCCUCAGUUCGGUUGUAAUACGGAGUCCGGAGUCAAUGAACCGCUUUAUCGAGAGAGUCGCGAGCUCCCACCACAUAGCGUCUUUCAUUCGAGAAGUACAGAUUCAUUAUCAUGUUCUCGAUGAAGACACUGAUGGUUCUCCGGAAGAUAUUGAGCCUGUUCUUCCAAAACUCGUGAACUUAGAAUCAUUGGUAAUCAGGUCAAGCUGGUUUGACACAGACAAGGCCAAAAAGAUGCAACUGCUUUGCCGUCCACAAGAGACCCUCUCUGCCCUGCGCUCCGUUAUUCUCAGCCUCGACUAUGAUCACGAGUGGGGAUUCUCAGUUGGAUCAUAUGGGUAUUUGCUUCAUCACCCUGGUCUAGAGAAAUUAACCAUCGCCGGGGUGGCUUUUCAAAUGGGAACUCUCGAUCAGCUCGGGGUACCUUUUCGAUCAACCUCUCUUCAAGCACUGACAUUAUUGAAUUGUGCUCUCAAUGCCAGACAUCUGAAGGAAAUGCUUCUUUACCCCCUUCAACUGAAGCAUUUCACAAUGAAGGGCCAGGAGGAACGAUACAUUUAUGGGCCUUUUCGCGAUUUCGAUCGCCGGUUGUAUAUCGACGCUCCCCGGCCCCAUGCUUCAUCUCUGGAGACUCUCGAUAUCGAUCUCCAAUAUGGUCAUACCGGGGAGCCAAUCGAUCUUAGCAAAUUUUCAGCCCUUCUAUCUCUGACAAUUUCACCCAGAAUGCUGAUUGGAGACAAUCAAGAGUUCUGGCUCAAAGAUGCUUCAACUUCGGACUGGGCGAAGCUUCUCCCGUCAAGCUUACAGCACCUCACAUUCCGCCAUGACUGUGCGGUCUUUCCUCUAAUACAGAUGUACGAGGCUGUCCGUGAGGGCUACAUUAAACUUCGUUCUUUGACGUGUCAAAUAGCUUCAAAUGCACAAGAAGAUGGUUCACCUUGUUAUGACGAAGGGGACCUUGACACGCUUGAUCCACAAGGCGUCAAGGUCUUCCGUUCGCCAGAUGAGGUGAUGUCCGAUGCUUCCCCAGAUGGAGUCACUUACGCCGAGGGAUUUCAGGCGAUUGGCAUCGAUUUCUCUGUCAUCGAGGUUCCUCGUACAGAGACGCUGACAGGGUACGAUUCAUGUCCGUGUCCCUGCUGGACAUACAAGCAUCGUGUCUAUAAUGGCGAAGAUUACUCAUGGUGGUAA